AUGGAAGCUGAAAACUACGUCGCUGAACUGAACGGUUACAAACAGAGGACAGGCUCGGAGCUGAUAUAUGAAGACGUCGGAUCUGUGGGUCCUGACCACAUUAAAACGUGAGUGGACUGGACACAUGUCUGUAGUUACAUUUUCGAUUGAUAAAACUAUGAAGGGAAGGAGGCGUGAACAGAUCCAGGACUUACACAUGACGCCCCCCACCCUCCCUUUUAGAUUAUGUGUGUCGGUUCUGUGUAGGCCUCACAGCAUAUCAGUUAUAUUAGUUUAUUAUGCCCCUGUUAAUGUGUAAUAAAAGAGGGCCUGAGUGUGCUGGUCUGAACCUAAAGUGGUGACUGAAAUAUUUCACAGUGAGGUAAAUAACCUCACCUGUAGGGUUGUGUUUCCACCUAAAGCACCAGGAACUCUAUACCCCUUGUCUCAUAAGGUUCCUCCAGACUAUAGUUUGUGUUUCCAUGCAGGUCUUGAGACCGGGGAAGUUAGUUGUUGUUGUUUUACAGACAUCUGCAUUGAUACAUUUUGUUAAUCAGGCUCCAUGCAGAGGGACGGGGAGAUGUGGACUUGCAUCUUAUGCUACUCCAUAGCUUUGGCACGGAAGAGUAAACCAGGACUCAGAGCUACUGCAAAACUUUUCAGUGUAGAAUCUAUAUUAAUGGGAUAUUCCAGCGUAAAAUUAAGUUAGGGUUAAACAUACAGCAACACCGAGUUAGACACCCCCUUGAGAGAUGAAUGUUGCCGACUGCUUGCUUCUGUAGUUAUACCAACUUGAGUAACAACCACAGGAUAGCAAUACACAGCGGUCUGAGGAGCCAUUAACAAACCUCAACCAAAACGCCACUCUAUAGCCACAAAUAAUACUCAGAACAGCACCUAACUUCAUCAACAGGACAUACAGGGUCACAGCCAUAGUACUAGCCACCAAACAUCUUUUUAAUUUUGACUCAUUUCUUUAACAGAGAGACUAAACACAACUCACCUACUCUCCUCUAGCAGCCGCUUGUUUGUAGCGAGACCUCAGGCCAGUCCAUUACAGACUACAGCGGGGUGACGCAGAAAUGAUCAUAAUUGUUCUUCCUUGAGCUGUGUCACCCCGCUGUAGUCCGUAAUUGACUCGGAACAUCUCUCUCUUGGUUUCUCCCUUGUCCUGUGAGAUCUUGUUUAACGUCGUUUUUUGAUUUUUCUCAGAUUCACGGUCAGAGUUGUCCUUAAUGGGAAGAAGUAUCCUGAUGGAGUGGGUAACAACAAGAAGGAAGCCAAAAAGAACGCGGCUAAAAACGCCCUGAAAGCCUUAUCUGAGGAGCUGACUGAAACUGUGAGAUUGUCACUCGCUUUUGUGGAUGUUUGACUCAGAUUUUUCAAAGUAUGGACUUUUCAUACACAGUGUACAUGUCCUUGAGUUAUAUUUGUUGGCAUCUCAACAGACGGACAAUGCAGCAGAAGCUUCUUUCACGUCUGUGCCUCAAUCAAGUAGCAAUGCGGUCAACUUCGUAUGUUGGCUCAAUGAAUAUGGUCACAAGAACCGACUCGAUAUAAGAGCCGUGGAGUCAGCAAAAGUGGGAGGAAAUACUGCUAUGCAGUAAGUCGUGAUUGUGUCUGUUUAAGUCAUUAUUGGGACACUUGUCAAAAACGAAUCAAAUCUAACUGGUAUGAUACUUCAUUUUGCAGCUUUGUGGUGGGUGAUAAGGAGUAUCCAGUUGCUACUGGGAGAAAUAGGAAGGAAGCUAAGGAGGAAGCAGCUAAGCUUGUUUAUAAUGAGAUAUGUGGCAGUCAAACAACAGAGGUGAGUACAAACAAUAUCUAAAAUGUUGAAUUAAUUUAAAACACAUUAAAAAAGUUGAGACAGGGACCAACAAAAACCAAACAAAUCUGUAACUCUAAUAUCAGGACGUAGACACACUCAGGUCUGCUGUGAAGUGUGACGUUUUCAUCUUGGGUUCUGUGGGACGCCCUUUUGGAGACUGUCUCUAGAGGCAGCUCAAGGAACUGCAGUUUUGGUACUUCAAGAACGGUGUAAUUCUACAAACAGAAGUUUCUCCUGGCUUAACCAAAGCACUAAAAAUGUAUGCGAUGAUUUAACACUAGCUGAACCUUCAUCAGAUGUUACUUUUUAUUCAAGACAGGAGAUGAGAAAAGCGGCGUCGCACCAAACCAGCAAGAGGGGGAGGCGAGCAGCACCAGGUGAGCACAAACACAAGCAGCUCAUUUCCUCUGGCUGACUACGAAGCGUUUAGACGAACUUCUGAUUGGUUUUACAGGGAUAAGAUGACGAGUCCAAGUGUGGUACCUAAAGGCAAAGAUAUUACAGAUACAAAUUACACGGCUCUCCUCAACAACUACUGCCAGAAAACAAAUCGAUUCCUUGAUUAUGUCUUAGAGAAAAGAACCGGCCCCCCCCAUAACCCUCAGUGAGUACAGCCGGUCUGUUACAUGAUUUAUAAAGGAGAAUUAUUCACACUCUGACCUGAAUUUUCUUUUUUGCAUUGAAAGGUUUUAUUACAAAGUAGUGAUCGAUAAAAAGGAAUACCCCGUAGGUGAGGGUAAGAAUGUCAAGGAGGCUAAAAAGAUCUCCGCUCAGCUUGCCUGGUCUGCUCUCCAAGAACAGUCGGAUUUCGACAGCAAGGUUUGUGAUCUUUCUGUUGUUUUUUUCAGACAGAUUUAUUUAUUUAUUCACGUGUUUGAAUACGUAAAUCAAUACCAUUGUUCCCUUUUCUUGUUGCCUGUGACCUAAAGAUAAACAUGACCUGAAUUUGCCGAAGUUUCUUCAGAUUCAGAGGAAGUUUUCUGGGAUAAACUUGAGAGAAUUUACAUGUUUUACUGCUUUUGUGAGAGUCAAUAGAGAACUGCUAAACACAGCAACAAACGAACGCUUUACUCCCCCUUUCAGUUAUCUCUCGGCUCUGUUGUCUCAGAAGAAGUUGCAGCCCGGCCAUCCACGCCAUCGAGCACGCCAUCGAGCAUGUCAUCGAGCAUGUCAUCGAGCAUGCCAUCGAGCAUGCCAUCGAGCACGCCGUAAGACAUCCUCUGACACAUACUCCAGACUAUUGGGGAGUUUUGCGUUUUAAUAACAUGACUUGUUAUUAUUAUUUUUGAAGCUUGAGCUGUGACAAAAAGGCGGGUGUGCCAACACCUUGGAGUGACUCCUGUAUCGUUUUCACAGAAUCACCAAUUCCUUCCAAAGACCAGGUUUGUUUUACCUGUGCGACCUCUCAUGCUUCCUUCUGUCCAUAACUCCGUCUUCGCAGAAAUCAUUUUUAUGUUGCUUGAUUUCAUCUUUAGAGUCAAAAUCUUUAAAAAAUAAAAAACUUUAACAUAGCUGUUAUACUCUGUUGUAAUGUGCAGAUGUGUGUUUUCACUGUUUAGUACUCUGCAUUUCUCUAAGCCUCAGACUGUGAGUUAAUUUACCUGAUUAUAAAGGAUUUUAUUUUCUUAUUUCUCUUGACAAAGAUUCAGAGUCCCGGUGCAAAGUCUAAAAUAAAGUAAGACCUCUUUUUCUACCUGCUGUAACGAUGAACAACAUUUUAUUUCUCCUGAUCCUGUCGCUGAUUGUUUGUCUUAAUCUCUCAUUAGACUUGCAGCAAAUUUCAAAAAACCUGUCGACCAAAGCAAAGAGGUGAAGUCAAGAUACUAAUCAUGCUAAUUUUGGUGAUUACAUUUUGAAUCUCUAUAUCAUGACUUUAUUUUACUUGUUUAGGAUUGCGUCAACUUUAACAAGGGGGACAAAGUCAGUAAUCUGAGUGCAAAAGCUGCAAACCCGUCAGUCACCUCCAGGUUUGGAAAACAGACCUUCAGUCAAAACAUGAUUUUUUUGUUUUUUGCUUGUGUAUUUUGUUUCAUGCAUUUAAAAAAAAACAAAAUUUUGGGGGGAUGCAACAAUUUGGAAAUUGCUCAAUAGUUUCUGCUGAUCUCUGCAGGUUUACGUCAGAGUUUGACUCCAUCAUGCGUCUCGGCAAGGGAGGCUACGGCCGAGUUUACAAGGCGCGAGAGAAACUGCUGGACAAAGAUUGUGCUGUGAAGGUCGUCCGCUGGAGAACGUAGGUCAAGUAAACAUCAGUUUCAUAAGGAUGAGGAGGCUGAGUGAAACAUUUUGCAAAUCUUCAAACUUUUGUUUCAUUAAAAAUAGUGAAACUACAACAAGUGAGACUGAAAAACUUGUUUUAUGAAACCUUUUACAUCAAAAGGUGAGUAACAUGACAUUCAGAGAGGCGGAGUCUCUCAGAAGUAAAGACAGGAAGAGGUUCACUGCUUUGUGAGAGACUGCGAGGCUUAAUAGUUGAAUAAUUUCAGAAUUAAGAUAAAUAAUUCUUAAACCUCAUCAUCUGAAUAAUGUUUUUUUUUCCUUGUAUGAUCAGAAAAGCUCUGAGAGAAGUGGCGGCAUUAUCAGACCUCAAUCACCGCAACAUCGUGCGAUACUACACGUGCUGGCUGGAGGAUACAGAGUACCAAUCGGACAGCGCAGCAGACAGUUACAGCAGCUCACCGUCAGUCCCAGAGACUCCUUCAAAUCCUUACUGUGCUUUAAUAUCAAACUCAAUGAAGGUUUAUCAGGUAACAGUGUCUCUGUUCCUUCUCUGAAAGGUCGACCGGUAACACGGACUUGAAGUUCCUCUACAUUCAGAUGGAGCUGUGUGACAGCAGAACUCUAAAGGCGUGGAUCGAUGAGAAGAACAUGCAAAAUGUCAAGAAAUCUAUGAAAGAUUUCAAAAGAAGAGAGGAGAGCCUUGGUUUAUUUCAGGACAUAGUCGAUGCAGUCAAGUACUUUCACUCUCUGAAGUUCAUCCACAGAGACCUGAAGGUGAGACUGAGAGGAUAAAAUCCUGCAUGGUGUGAAAUCAGAGUGAAGCUAACAUGCUUCUUUGUUUGUUCUCCACCGUUAGCCUGCAAACAUCUUGUUCGGGCAAAACGGGGCGGCGAAGAUCGGAGACUUCGGUCUGGUCACCGAUGAGAGUGAUGAUGCCGGGAACCUGAUGGAGAGGACUGAGCGUAAAGGGACCCCCUCGUACAUGGCUCCUGAGCAGGUCAGGUCUAGACUCAUGUCAACUUCAGUCUCCCUGCACACUCUAACUGAAAAAGUUGAAUUCACAUAUAUUCUAGAGUUUGGUCUUAUAAAUUUCUUUUUGCUUCUUUCUGACAGAGAUGUGGGAAAACGUACGACCGAAAAGUGGACAUUUUUGCUUUGGGGUUGAUCUAUUUUGAGCUCCUCUGGAACUUCUUCACUGGCAUGGAAAGGAAUGAGGUGAGUUUCUUCUGUUUCAUCCUAAAUGAGUCUUGGAUCAUUCUCGGUGUGAACAAGUUCAUUUUUAUUAUUAUCAUCGUGGAGACGAAUGGAUUAGCAGCUGGUUUGGUCAUGAGAUAACUUUGGCUGCGGUUCAGGCUUGUCUGAUAAAUGAUAUUUGCAGUCCAAGACAGUGAGUGUCUUACCUCAGGAUAUUUUAUAUGAAAAAAGAAGCUUUGGCAACUAAUCAUGCAAGUUUUGAACCCUAAAAACCCCCUAAAAAUUCAGUAGCUCCUGUGUUAUUCCACCUUAUGUCUUUAUGCGCAUCUGUCAUGAAUUGCAGGUUUGGGACGGUGUCAGAGAUCAGAAACUUCCUCAAGGAUUUUCACAUAAUUUCCCUCUCGAGGUACACCAAACUUCACUCUUUCUCUUUUGUUUACUGAUCAUGGAUUAACACUGAAGUUAUUUUUGAUCGGUGAGGCUGCGUAAAAGAGUCACAUGACACGUGAGAAGCACCUCAAUAGAGAAAAUGCCUGCAUGCUCUUUGUCUCAGAUUUUAUUUUGUUUCGUUGCAGAGCCAGAUAAUAAAGUCCAUGCUGUGUGCGAAGCCAGAAGACCGACCUGACGCAAUUCAGCUGGAGACGGAGCUGAAGGAGUGCUCUCGUAUUCUCAUGGCUAUCAAGGAUUCUCAUCUUGACAAUAGGACCGUCUGAUUCUAACGGGAGGUCCAUGUAGAUUCUCCUUCAUCCAGGUCAUGGUUAUCUUGAAGACUCCAAAAACAGGCAACUGGACUGUGUAGAGUUGAGAAGACGUUUCGAACUCUACACAGUCCAGUUGCCUGUUUUUGGAGGCUUCAAAAUUCUAACGGGAGAGUACGAAAACUACUUGUAGCGAUCAUUUUAUCACCAUUUCAGCUAAUAAGUCAACAUAAAAGCAAACACUCAUACCCGGGAAGAAAGAUUAUGGUUUCCACCUCCUCUCGGUGAACAAAAUGACACCAAAAUAGUGCAGCCUGUGCAGAAAGGAUCCUCUGGAGGAGCUGUUGUGUUGACGUCUGAACUAGACUAGUACUUCUUAAAAUGCUUUUCCUUGCACCUUGUUUACCUUUGGCGAUUUUCUACGUGCGCCUUAUGAAAAAAAUUGUACACCCAACAUUAAUGCACUUCUUAUUAUCGGACAAUGGUUUAACCAUGUAGAAAAAAAGACUGACAAAAAUCUGUUCUUUAACAUUUUAAAGGCCGGUUUCUUGUUUAUUAAGCUCCUGGAACAUUUCCCUACAUACAUCAGGGCCUGUGUCCACUGACAACUUUUGUUGACAUUGACGAUAAUCACAAGGCUCCAUAAAUUAAUCAUUUUUAAACUGAAAUGCAGCAACAUACAGCACUGCAGGACUCUGAAGUUGCUGAACUGCAUUGGUUUGCACAGAAAAUAGGUGCUGCAUUCAUGAAAUUACUGUUAGUGGACACAGGCCCUCGUGUUGCUGAUUGAAACUAAAAUUAUGAAACACUGAAUACAAAAUAUUGAUAUUGAAAUGAUUCAGUUUUUCCCUCAUACAUUGCCUGAUCAAAACUGGACCAUGAGGCCUCUGUUACUCCAUGUCUUUAGUGUAAAAUGCACAAAGGGCAGAUUUGGAGCUCUUAUACAUGCAACGCCUAAAAGCUGUGGAAAAUAGCACACUGGGACACCAAAAUCAUGGGGUUCAGAUUUCGGCCGCCUCUAAAUGAAUUUCCCUUUGGGGACCAAUAAAGUUAAUGUAGAUCUGUAUGGACCUCUUACAGUGUUGAUAACCUUGUGGUCAAAUGACUCUAAACAAGUUGCAGAUUAAUCUACAGGUCGUCUCUCUACAAACUGGCAUGUUAGUCCCCCUGAGUUUGAGAUCAGAUCAGUUAUACAGAAAUAGCAGACCCUGGGGUGCCGUUAUGAUUCAGUAAUAGUAGCUGACCUUCAUUUAUCUCCUUUUUCUUAUUUUUAGUGCUCCACAGACAUAUACAGACAACUAAGCAGUGGAAUAACUACCUUUAUUCACCUGACUGCUUCAUAAAACCAAGUACACAAUGGAUGACAGGAAACCAUUCAGUGUAAAUCUCUGCAGAAAAGAGAGGAAACCCUUUUAAGAAUCUUGGCCUGCACAAACUUUUGAAGAUUAAUUAAUAGGGAUGCAUAAUAUUGGAUUUUUGUUGAUAUUUGGUGUGCAAACUCAUUGCAGCUGAUAUAGACACCACUACUCAUCCAAGUACAUCAGGAUGUUUAGAAUGACAGGUCCUUGGACAUUAAAUUAAGGGAUUGCUGUUUUACUCCUUCCAUCUGUCUGUUCCUGACACUUUAAAUAACUCAUAUACAGCUGAAAACUUCUGUGCAUAAGCUGUCAUUGCAUGCUCAUAAUGUAUAUCAUCCAUAUCAGCAAAACUCUGAUCUAUAGAAUAUGAACUUUUCAGCUUUAAUCUGCUGAUACUUGAUGUGCCUGUAAAACCCUGCAUCCCUUUUAAUUAAGGCAAAAUGAUGAUCAUUUUAGAGUGCUAAAAUUGCAGUGCCAUGCAAAAAAAAAACAAAAAAAAAAAAACAUAAAUGUGGAGUUGCUGCUAAUAGUUGUUUCAACUAAAAGAAAUGGUCAUCAAAAUGCCAGUAUCUGACAGCCUGACAUUGUAACUUCAACCAUUUACUAAAAACCUGUCAAUGAUGUUUUAAAUGGCUCUUGUGAUGGAAUAAUGUGUUUAAAGAAAAUGGAUUUGGAUUUUAUUUUUUAAUUUUCAGAAAUAUCACGUCCUUAAUUACAUUGUCAACUGGCCAUGAGAUAUUUUGCUCCAUGUUUGAAUGUGUUUACAUUAAUGUCAUGUCAUAAUUGGUUAUUUUAAUACUGUCUUGAUUGCACUAUAAAACUUUUGCUGUUUUUUGUUUCAUUUUUUUAAUUAAAGUCUGUCAUUUUAAUGACUUUUUUAAACCAAGUUUGUCACUGUUAUUCUGAUGCCUCUCAAUGACCGACUUCCUAAAGUGAGAUUUCAUCAUUUCCUUACCCUCAGUUACAGCCGAACCGGCAAUCGAAAUUUUGUGUUAUUGUCCUUCAGGGCCACCGUAGCUUCAUAUCAUAACAGUGACUGGUUUACUUUCUGCAGAGGGAGUUUGAUUCAUGAACCCAGGCUGAAAAAAAAGAGCUUUUGGCAGCAGAUGAACUGUUCAACUGUUAAAGUCAAACUAUCAGUAAAAAAAAAAAAGAUGCUGUUUCCGUCAAUAGUUACACUUUCAGUUUCAAUUAUGAUACCGCGAUGAAACGACAUGACUGCGCAUGAUUCCGUUUCUUUAGAAUCGAAACUUACUAGUUUUAUAUUGAGCAGGAUCCAAACAGAGGGCGCAGUGUGGCAGUGGAGAGAGGAGAAGAGGAAACAGACUGAUAACCCGAACUUUUCUUCUUAAAUUGACAGUUUAUGUGAGCUAAACUACAAGAAAUCGUCAUUAAAAAUGGACCGAGGAAACUUCGUCGCCAGACUGAACGAGUUUGCACAAGCCGGACGAUUUAAGCUUCACUAUGAAGACCUCGGCUGUACUGGACCGGACCACAAUAAGACGUGAGUUGGUUUAAGACCAAUGCAUUCGAGAUAUAACUUUAGAUUAUCAGCCUGAUAUCACCAUGUUUGUAUUACUAUGCAAACUUUAAACUAUGGCAAAGUUUUUUGGCUGGCCCUAAAACAGCUUUAUAUUAAUCCUGGUGUUUGAAUACUCACUGAAAGGACGAACAAAACCACCCUUAAUAAGUUUGAGCAAUUUACUAAUUAACUUAUAAUUACUGGGGGAAAAGGAGCUGGAUGGUGGCAAGUAAUGUGACCAGUAUGUCUUCUGUUUUGAUUUGUUUCAAGACAAAUAUUCAUGAUAAAGAAGAUAUUUUUCUCUUUGUAUGAAAAUAAAGUAGAAUAAGGAUGUGUGUUUGUUUUGUUCUGUCACUGUUACACAACAAAAUCCUCCAAGGCGGCCCUGUGUGCAGGGAGAGGCAGUGUUAAAGUGCUUGAACCGGUUAAGGGUGCAAAAUAUUUAAUAUGUGGAAACAGCAAACAACAUGGAUGAUUAUCACCCCCUGGUGGAUCAAUAUGAAGAUAUAUUGGUGUAUGUGGUGCAUUCAAACUGCACUUCACUUGAAUAUGUUUGUUUUUUCCUCAGAUUCACCAUGCGGGUGGUCUUAGAUGAUAAAUCCUAUCCUGAUGGUUUCGGGAAAACGAAGAAGGAGGCAAAGCAAAAUGCUGCUGAAAAUGCCCUUAAAGAGUUAGAAGAGAAAACCUCGGACUCAGUCAGCUCCGUAAGAUUCCUCUCUACUUGAUUUAAAAAACUGAAAGAAAUCAGAGUAUCAUAAAAAAAAAUAAUUCUUCUGUUAUUUAAUUAAAAUCCAUUUACAGGUGCAGAUAAAGAAUUCAAAAGUUCAUUUUUCCUUAAUUAAAAAAGUGAAACUCACACACAAAAAGACAUAUUUAAUGACUUUUCUUGGUUUGAAUCUUGAUUAUUACGGCUUUUAGCUGACAAAAUUAAAAACUCCAUUAUCUCACAACAUCAGGAAAUCACAAAACACCAACAAAAAUGGAUUUAAAACACAGAAAUGCGGACAUAAUGGAAAAUUACAUUCAUUUUUGCACCGAGUCUUUGGUCAGGACUCCUUCUGCAUGAAUAACUGCAGCUCUGUACUUUUGGUUCUGGUGUUUCUCAUCUUGACAAAUAUCCAAUAGAUUCUUUAUGGGGGUCAGCUCAGGCCAUUUGACUGGAUGAUCAUUCCCUUAUUUUCUUUAUGCUGUUUUCGUUUUAUUGUACUAACUUUCUUGAUUAUUUAUAAGUUAAAUGUCUAGUUCAGUUUGUACGAUUUUUGUAAUUUUCUUCUAGUUUUUGUAAUAUUUCAUGUUUAAUAUUUACUGGAGUCAAACUCCUUGUAUGUGUACACCAAUAAAGAUGAUUCUGAUUUUUGUAUAUUUCAUAAACUGUGCAGAUAAAUGUGAAAUUGUAGAUAUUGAAAAGUAAAAUACUCAUCUAACAUGACUUUAUCCUCACACAGAGAGGAAACCUUCCAGCUGCUCAUUCAAAGAGUUCAGUCGACAUUAACUACAUAUGUUGGCUGAAUGAACACGGUCAGAAGAACAGGGUUCCUAUACAAGCUGUGGAGUCUACAGGAGUGGGGCCAAAUUUUGCCUCUUUGUAAGUCACCAUGCUGCAUCCUUCUUUACUAAAGUUACUGCGUCAGAAUUUGAAAUAAGUCCGAUUUUUUUGUGGAAUCAGCUGCUGUUACUACAAGGUUGGCGAUAAAGAGUAUCCUGAGGCCACUGGGAAGACAAGGAGGGAAGCCAAAGAGAAAGCAGCCAAGAUUGUAUAUGAGGAGAAACAUGGCAGGAAGUCCUCACAGGUGAGCGAGAUAGAUCACUUUUCCUGGCUUAAUUAUCUGCUUAAUUAUGUAUUAUCUCAACAUAGUGCCCCACAUAUGCACAGUAUAGGCUGUGAAUCUUUCACCCACUGUUGUCCACAGUAGUAGAACAAUCAGUUCAGCCACUUUAAGUCAAACAGUCCCCUUCUACUUCUGAGACACAGCUUAGACUCCAGCAUUCAUCACAGCUAGUUUUUAACCCCUCCUGCCACACAUGAUCUCUUUCCAUCUUUCUCAUACAAAAAUUUAAGUUCAGCUUCAUGUUUUCCUCGUUCUCUGAGAUAAUAGUUGGAGAAGUGUCCUUCCUGCUGCUUUUGUUUAGCAAACUUGACUGAUCUAACAGUAUUCAGGGGUCCCUGUGUCCUCCACCACAGUCGUCACUGAAUCAGGCGUUUCAAUAGAAGUUUUAUGGUAAAUUCAGUUAUCAGUAUUAAAUCAGUCAUUUUCCUGUGUUAGGGUUAAUAAGUGACAGUUUUUGCUAUAUGGUUGUAAUUAUUUUUGUCGUAAUUCCAAACGUCUUUUCUCUCUAUUUCAGGAUAAAUCAACUGUUCCUGAAAAUGGAGCAUCUCCCAGGUUAUCAGCCAGGUAAGUCACAUUGUAAGACACCUGUAGUCAUGUAUAAUAAUGCAGUAAUACUACAUAAGCUGUACUCAUGUCUUUACUUGUGUUAAUUUACUCAGGGGGUCUAAUGGACUGUCAGCCCAGAGCUCAACAUCCAGCACCAGUGACUCAGUCGUUUUCGCUGGUUUAUCAAACCGUCAAGGAAACCAGGUGUGAUUCCCCCCCAGUAAAAUAUCUAUCAGACUUUUAAAUCUAAAACGGACAGCAGACCAGGCCUGCGUUGGAAUCCUAAAACAUAGAUGUGGUUAAACAUCAUGAAACAUAAAGGAUAAGAAUUACAUUCAUGUGAUUUACAAUAUUUUCAACCUCAUAAAAGAGUGAUUAAUUUUUCUGUAACAAAGAAAUGUUUUUUUUUAUCGUAGAUGUUCUCAAGGUCAUUAGACGACGGUACAUCCAGCAGGUAAUUAUCACCAGCUUCACUCUUACAGAUACACUCAUGAUUUAAAUUAGUACAGGCCUAAAAUCAGAUUGUUGAGCCUAUUUUUCGUUUGUCCUCCUCCUAGAGAGUCUUUGUCAUCGUCAUCAAGCAUGCAGAGAAACAGAUCCAGCUCAGGAGUAUUCACUAAUUCAUCCGGCUCUUCCUUGGAUGAGGUUUGUAACUCCUGUUCAACAUUAAAAAUGUAUAAUCAGCUUACAUUAAUGAGACAUUAUUAUCAUAUACCACAAAACCACAGCCAAAGGUAUCUCAUGACGCCUGACAUGAAAAGGUUUGGUUUCACUUUUAAAUUUUAGAUCGUACAUUUGCGGUACAUUUCCCCUCCUUAACUAACCACCAACAUUAGCUGCGGUGUUCCUCAAGGUUCAGUUCCAGGUCCGAUUUCAUUUUUAAGUGCUGCCACUUGGCCAAAUAAGUCAACUCCAAAAUUUAAAUUACAGUAACUCUGAGAGCUGUAACAGGCCUAUAGUGUCUCAUUGGGCUUUUUAAGGUCAGCAUGUAGACAGUAUCAGGACCGUCUCUGAACGUAAACCUAGAGAAGCUCCUGAAUGAAGUGAGUGUAUUUUACUGUAAUUCAUUAUGUCCUAACAUUUUCUUUCUAGAGCUGAUCUUAUAAGGGUUAUAUAAAGGAGUUUUUUUUUUUUAAAGGCCCAAGCCGUGAAAACGUCCUCAGUUGUCGUUCAUGUUGACUGUUUCUCGUCAUGUUUUGAAAGUUGUUUUGCGAUUAAUUAUGGCGUGCAUUACACAUCCUCUUUAAUUUCGUAUGUCUGUUUAAAUUCUAGACUUCAGCACAGACAAUCAGAGCAGUUUUUUAAAACCAUCUUUAUAUUUUCUCUCUUCAUUAUCGAAGGUUGGUGUCAAGAGCAAAACAAAGGGAGCUGGUCAUGAUGAGACAACGCCAAAGUCAAGGUAUUAAACUUUCACAUGAGACUCAAACUCAUUUGAUCUGAAAUAUUUGGGUUUAUCAUCAGAAACUUGAAGCAUUUCUACCUUUUGACAGGUUUACAACAGAGUUUGAUUCCAUCGAGGUGAUCAGCAGUGGAUCUUUUGGUUGUGUUCACAAAGCAAGACAUAAAUUAGAAGACAAGUUCUUUGCGGUGAAGAUUGUCCUCAGUGAGGAGUAAGUUUGAAGAAGCUAGGUUUCAAUUUUAGCACGUUUCUGGAAAUCCUUACUCUGAUUUAUUCUCUUUUCCCAAAUUGAUCAGGAAAGCUCUUCGAGAGGCACGAACACUAUCAGGCCUGCAGCACAAUAACAUCAUAAGAUACUACACAGUCUGGAUGGAAGACUCAGGAUACCAGUGGGAUGACUUGGUCGGCAGCUCCAGCUCUUCACGGUAAGCCUUUUGUCUCUCAUGAAGAACAAAGGUGAAAUAUUUUUUCCUCUGUUUUUAAACCAUCUUCUGUCCUCUGUAGAUCUAGAAAUACCUCACCGGAAUCUGCCAAGUAUCUCUACAUUCAGAUGGAGUUAUGUCAAACUAAAACCCUCAAAGACUGGAUCGAAGAGAAGAACGCUCAGUCUCUGCCGGAGCUCAAGAGAAGAGAGGAAAGUCUGAAGAUCGCUCUGCAAAUAUUCAGAGGAGUCGAGUACAUCCACGCUGAGGGUCACAUCCACAGGGACCUCAAGGUGAGAGCAGAACUUACCAAGAGCUUGACGUAUGUUCAUGUAUGAGAAUUUGAGGAGCAAAGAAGAGCCUUCUCUGAACUUCUUCCACAAAGACCUACAUGAUAAGAGCUGUUUCAUUUUGACUUUUUCUCUCAGCCUGCAAACAUCCUUUUUGGUUUGAAAGAAGAGGUGAAGAUCGGGGACUUUGGUCUGGUCACCGUAGAUGAUUCCCUGAUGGACAAAACAUCGAACACUGGGACUCUAAACUACAUGGCUCCUGAACAAGUGAGAACUGAGCCGUUACUCUAUGACGGUCAAUUAAAGGUUAAAAAAAAGCUGCUUCAGUCGUUCAGUUCAGUUCAGUUCAGUUCAGUUUAUUUUUGGUCCCCAAAAAUGUGACAAAAUUGUCACUGUUAUGUCUCCAUCACAGUUACUCGGGGGGAACUAUAACCGAAAGGUGGACAUAUUUGCUCUGGGAUUGAUUUACCUGGAGCUCCUCUGGAAAGUAUCCUCUGGCCACGAGCGAGGAAACGUGAGUCUGAAACACAACAAAGAAAAGCGUUUUUGUUCACGUGAAUGAUGUUCAUACUGCUCAAACCUGACUGGCCAAAAAGGAGCUCUGUUAAUCCUCUCUGUCUGGACGACUGGACGUUUGUCUCAGUUCAGAGUUUGAGGAUAAAAUACAUUUUCAGAGACAGUCAGUUCAUCUUUGGAUGAUGGAGUCAGUCUCAAUCUUCCUGAAAUUCUGUUUUAAACCAGUAAAUUAAGUUUCAGUGCACUUGUGAAAGCUUUGUUUUAGAAAUUAACGUCAUGGGAUUCAAAUACAAAUCUCUUUUCUUCUCUUAUUGCCGCAUGAACUCCAGGUUUUCACAGGAGCCAGACGACAGAGGUUUCCUGAAGGUUUCUCUCACCGAUUCUUUGAAGAGGUAGAUUCUCAUUUUCUUAUUUCCUGUCUGUGGUUUUUCUAAAGCAAUCACAGAAGCUGCCCUCAGAGCAGCAGGGAGGCUGACACAGAGAGAGAGAGAGAGAGAGAGAGAGAGAGAGAGAGAGAGAGAGAGAGAGAGAGAGAGAGAGAGAGAGAGAGAGAGAGAGAGAGAGAGAGAGAGAGAGAGAGAGAGUGAGAGAGAGAGAGAGAGAGAGAGAGAGAGAGAGAGAGAGAGAGAGAGAGAGAGAGAGAGAGAGAGAGAGAGAGAGAGAGAGGGGGUAUCUGUGUCACAUUAUCGGAGCAUUUAUCAACAUGUGACCAAAGCUUGUAUUUUAUUUUCUUCUUUUCUCAGAUGGAAAUCAUCAAAUCGAUGUUGUGUGAGAAGCCAGAGGAUCGACCGGAAGCGAAAACACUGAGAAAACAGCUGGAGACCAAAAACCGAAAAACACUCAAAGAGGACCACACUAUCUGA